CCAUGGAGCCCUUCUGUCCGCUCCUGCUGGCCGGUGUUAGCUUGCCGCUCGCCAGGGCUCUCAAGGGCAACGAGACCACCGCGGCGGUCAGCAACUGGACCUCGACGACCUCAGGCCCUCCCACCCCAGGCGCGCCGCAGCCGCUGCUGGCCUGGCUUCUGCUACCUCUGAUGCUGCUCGUCCUCCUCCUGCUCCUCGCCGCCUACUUCUUCAGGUUCAGGAAGCAGAGGAAAGCCGUGGUCAGCGCCAAUGACAAGAAGAUGCCCAACGGGAUCCUGGAAGAACAAGAGCAACAAAGAGUGAUGCUUCUCAGCAGGUCCCCCUCCGGGCCCAAGAAGUACUUUCCCAUCCCCGUGGCGCAUCUGGAGGAGGAGAUCCGAGUCCGCUCCGCAGAUGACUGCAAACGCUUUCGGGAGGAGUUCAAUUCGUUGCCGUCUGGACACAUACAAGGAACUUUUGAACAGGCCAAUAAGGAAGAAAACAGAGAAAAAAACAGAUACCCCAACAUCCUUCCCAAUGAUCAUUCCAGGGUGAUUUUGAGCCAGGUGGAUGGAACCCCGUGUUCAGAUUACAUUAAUGCUUCCUACAUAGAUGGUUACAAAGAGAAGAAUAAAUUCAUCGCCGCUCAAGGCCCCAAACAAGAGACAGUUAACGACUUUUGGAGAAUGAUCUGGGAGCAGAAGUCCGCCACCAUCGUCAUGUUGACGAACCUGAAAGAAAGGAAAGAGGAGAAGUGCUCGCAGUACUGGCCGGACCAGGGAUGCUGGACCUACGGGAACAUCCGCGUGUGCGUGGAGGACUGCGUGGUUCUGGUAGAUUACACCGUCCGGAAGUUCUGCAUACAGUCCCAGCUCCCCGAUGGCUGCAAAGCCCCACGGCUCGUCUCCCAGCUGCACUUCACCAGCUGGCCCGACUUCGGAGUGCCUUUCACCCCCAUCGGGAUGCUGAAGUUCCUGAAGAAAGUGAAGGCCCUCAACCCCAUCCAUGCCGGGCCCAUCGUGGUCCACUGUAGCGCUGGUGUGGGCCGGACGGGCACCUUCAUCGUGAUCGAUGCCAUGAUGGACAUGAUGCACAGCGAGCAGAAGGUCGAUGUCUUUGAAUUCGUGUCCAGAAUUCGCAACCAGCGCCCUCAGAUGGUGCAAACGGACAUGCAGUACACGUUCAUUUACCAAGCCUUACUGGAGUACUACCUCUACGGGGACACCGAGCUGGACGUGUCCUCCCUGGAAAAGCACCUGCAGACGUUACACAGCACCGCCGCCCACUUCGACAAGAUCGGGCUGGAGGAGGAGUUCCGGAAACUGACCAAUGUCCGGAUCAUGAAGGAGAACAUGAGGACGGGCAACCUGCCUGCGAACAUGAAGAAGGCCAGGGUCAUCCAGAUCAUCCCAUAUGACUUCAACCGGGUGAUCCUCUCCAUGAAAAGGGGUCAGGAAUACACAGACUAUAUCAACGCCUCGUUUAUAGAUGGCUACCGACAAAAGGACUACUUCAUCGCCACCCAGGGGCCGCUGGCACACACCGUGGAGGACUUCUGGAGGAUGGUGUGGGAGUGGAAGUGCCACACGGUCGUGAUGCUGACGGAGGUCCAGGAGAGAGAGCAGGAUAAAUGCUACCAGUAUUGGCCAACAGAGGGCUCCGUGACUCAUGGCGAAAUAACAAUCGAAAUAAAAAGUGAUACGCUUUCGGAAGCCAUCAGCAUACGGGACUUCCUGGUCACCUUCAAUCAGCCCCUGGCCCACCAGGAGGAGCAGACCCGCAUGGUCCGCCAGUUCCACUUCCACGGCUGGCCCGAGAUCGGGAUUCCGGCCGAGGGCAAAGGCAUGAUCGACCUCAUCGCGGCUGUGCAGAAGCAGCAGCAGCAGACGGGCAACCACCCCAUCACCGUGCACUGCAGUGCUGGAGCCGGGCGAACAGGCACCUUCAUAGCGCUCAGCAACAUUCUGGAACGAGUAAAAGCCGAGGGCCUUUUAGACGUGUUCCAAGCUGUGAAGAGUUUGCGACUUCAGAGACCACAUAUGGUGCAAACCCUGGAACAGUAUGAGUUCUGCUACAAAGUGGUACAAGAUUUUAUUGAUAUAUUUUCUGAUUAUGCUAAUUUCAAAUGAAAAUUCCUGCCUUAAAAUAUUUUUUAAUUUAAUGGUCAGUAUAUUUUAUAAAAAUCAUGUUAAUUUAUUUCAUAGUUGACAUUAAUGCCCGUCCUAAUUUCUCUGUGUAUAUUUUGUUAUGCUUUGAAGGCCACUUGCUGUAAAAACUGGAACCAUGUAUUAAGGUCAAGUAAUAUCCCAUAAAAUAUAUUUCUGCUAAUACCAGUAAAUAUGUUAAUUUUGCAUCAGAUGCAUCCCAUUGUUGAAUUUCACACGUGCAGCACUUCCAAAUGUUAAAAAUCUGAAUAUGCAACGUGUGCUUCUGCAGGAGAGAAAAUACAAAGCCUGCGCUGUUAAGAAAGCAGUCAAGACUCAAGAACCAGGAAAAUUCUCUUUCCUGACAUUGUUUUUACAGUCCUGGGCAGUGGCAUUUGGGGGGGAAGGUGAAAUGUUCACGAGAUAGAUACACUGUAAAUAAGGAAUCCUGUGAAAUCCUC